GAGCACCGAAACUCCGUGCGGCCGCACAUCUCCGCAGUAAUUAUUUACUUGUUAGAAUAAUAUUCUAAUCCAAUUCAAUUAUAACUGACUGAUAUCAGCAUGAUAUAUUCAAUUAUUGUAAUUAUCGGUUCAAGACUUGCGUUAAAUAAGUAAAUUACUGAUUUCGUAAAAAUAUGAGUGUAAGACAAAUAACUGUUUGUGAUUAUUGUCGAAGAGGGAAAAGGAAAUGUGAUAAACUAACACCGUGUGGAUCAUGUCUAAAGUAUAAGAAGAAUUGUACUUAUAGUAUAAACUCAAAUUCCAAUAGCAAUGGAUAUCCUGAUUUAAAUAAUGGAAGUUAUAAUAAUUCUGGUAUAGGACAUACUAAAUUACCUACUAAGAGGAAACUUGAUACUUAUGAGAGAGAUCAAUCAUUAUCGGAAUCACCACCCGUAAGUCAAAGAUUAAUUGAAAAUAGUGAAGAAGAUAGUCGUGUUCAUACCAUCAACAUUUAUAGAGAUUAUUGUCAUGAAUGUAUUAUGGCCAAUUCUGAGCAGACUAAAUUCGGACCGUUGAGUUGGGUUUCAUUUGUUAAAAGUGAUGGAGCCUUACAGAACAUAUGGAGGUAUAUUGAUAUGGUUGGAAUGCAAGUUGCAUUUAAAGUAGAUCCAUAUAAAGGUGAACAUUUAGUAUUGAAUAAGAAUAGUGUAUCUAUUAUGGAUAUGACCGUUGGUAGUCCUACUCCACCAACAAAUAUGAAUGGUUCAAAUUCAUCAUCAGCAUCUUUAACAACUUCAUCAAUACCCUCUGUACCUUCAUCUUCGUCUUCAAUAUCUUCAGCACCAAUUGGAUCUGAAGCUUAUAAUCAUUUACGUCAACAAUACUUAACAGGGAUAGUACUUGAGAAUGAGACAUCUCUUGUAGAUGAUUCUCUGAUAUUGAGUGAAUCUUAUUUAUUAUCACUCCUACCAACAAGAAAAACACUUUGGAUAUUAGUCCGUCGUUAUUUUAAACUGGUGUAUCCAUAUAUACCGAUAAUUGACGAACGUGAUUUCCGAACUCGUAUAUCAUCUAUAUUGGAUGAAGAAAGUUUUGAAAAUAUACCAUUCUUAAGUAUAAAGCUCAAUGAUAGAUAUGAUUUCGCUUAUGUAGGUAUCCUACUAGUAAUGAUCCGUCUUGGAUACUUAUCAUAUUUUUCAGUAGACUUAUAUCUUAAUGAUCCAGUAAAUUUGUCUAAUUAUCAAGAUCUGAAAACUUUAGAAAGAAAAUUCGUUCUCGAGAAUCCUAUCAGUCUUCAAUUCAUUAUAAUGGCUCAAAAAUGUCUUGAUGAAUUCAAUAUUUUUCAACGUACUUCUGUGGCUGUCUUACAACUUGCUAUACUUCUUCGGACAUAUAGACAUAUUGCCCCUGAAGAAGGUGAUGGCCCAGAUGGUGCAGAUUCUCAAGUUCUUACUGCAACAUUGAUAAGCAUGGCUAGUAAUUUGGGUGUUAGUCGUACUUCAUCGACUAAUUCUAAAGCUUCGACAUUGAAUGAACGUCAAGAUAGCUUGUUUCGAAAAUUAGGUGUUCAUUUAUGUAAUCUCAAUGCCACUGAAUGUUUAAGUUUUGGAACUCCGUCAGGUCUCAACCAACAAUUUUUUGAUAUUCAAUGUCCAAUCUUUGAUUCAUCAGCAUCAAACUUAAUCGAUACUGAUUUAGAAAAGAAAGUAAUCAGUGCUUAUAUUCAUACGGGUGAUAUGUUUGGGAAGUUGGAUGAGUUAUAUCAUGAUAUAAUUGAUCUUAACAAAUCAAUGCGGAUAGAAGAAUUAACGGAGAAAAUAGAUGCAAUGACAAAAUUGUUACUUGAAGAUUUACCUAAUAAUUCUGAUUUCAGCGAAUUUGAAAAUGCAUUCAAAACAAAACUGACAAUAUUAGGAUUACAAUUUGUUAUUUCAAUUUAUUUUAUUGUGUUUAAUCAUUAUGAGUCUCAUGGGAUUUAUGAAUUGAGUUUCAAAUACAUGUUGAAAAUAUUAAAACUAAUUAUGAAUCAUGUUAUACCAUUUAUUAAAUUAUUUAAUGAUAAACAUGAUAAUGCUACUUUCAUGGGUAUAGUACCAGUAUUACAAACCAUGUAUCUUAAGAUAAUCUUAAUCUUGUGUUCAAUAUUAAUAAGAACCAAUUUUUCCAUCCAGACUGAAAAGUCAGACCAAGAAAGAAUGAAACGGUUAAUGUUACUUUCAGCCGCAUUGAAGAAUACAUGUGUUGAUAUUCUAAAAGUAUUUGCGGUUAUAGGUGUUAGGUAUUAUUACUUUUGGACAAUUCAUUCAAAUGGUAUUGGUGUGUUGAGAAUAUGUUCAUCCAAAGAAUUUUAUGAACCUUUGAAAUCGCUGCCUAUUCCCGAUUCAAGAUUAAAUUAUUCAAGUUCACAGAUUCAACAAAUACUACCACUUUUUUAUAAUUGGUCUAAACCUGAUUUCCCCAUAUUAGAUAUUGAUUCCCAUUCAACCAUAUUUGCUGAAUUGCCUGAUAUUUCUAAUCCUUUCAUAUCUGAAGGUCAUUUACAUAGCUUUUGGUAUUACAUAAAGAAGAAUUCCAAGACUAAUGCCACAAUGAAGAGAUUUCCAAAUUCUUCAAUCAGUAUCCCACUGCCGGAAUUUUCAUCAGGUUUACCUUAUGGUCUUGAUAUUUUUAAUGAAUUCUACAGUGAUCUCUUUAAUUCAGAGUAGCUGAUUGUUAUCUAUGUAUAUAUUUAUAGAUCAGAAAAUAUAUUCGGUAUAAUUGUAAUAAUGAAACUUUUUGGAUAUACUAAAAAGCAUUUUAUUUUCCGA